GGCUCGGCAGGAUGUUGCAGGAGGCAGCGCCAGCCGAUCGGUGGACGGCGAAGCUGCUAGCUUAUCCGUGCUUUGAUCAUGGCUUUCGGCAGGCAGCUCUUUCGACCCGGCUUGCAAAUCUGCAGUUCGUGCUUGCAGUGGAAGCCGAGUCUCCGGGGCAGUUCGCAGCACAGGUCUUUGACUGGACAGCUAGCUCCGCCAAGGAAGCUCACGAGUUGCUAGCCUCCCGUGCUCCGAUGCUCGAACAGUUCUGGACAUUUGCUCGCGCAGCAGAGGCGCUGUUCACAGGGUCGGCCACGUCAAUCGCACAGUUCCAGCGCGAUCUGGCAAUUCGAGCCUUGGCGGCUCCAGUCCUGGCUCCAGCGUCAAAGAAAAAGCCGGCGGCUCCAGCCGACGACUCUACAAACACACCGUUGCUCAGCAUGGAGAAUGCCGAGAAGCAGCGAUGGGCCAAGCGGCUUCGCGCUAUCGCCGAGCGUGCUGGUUCCUUUGCCGAUCCCGAUCGGAGCGCCAGUGUUCGCCUCGGGGCUCCGUCGACCAUGGCAAAUCACAUUCGCCGGUUCGAGAAGUUCGAGCGCUGGGCGCAGCGGGUGGGAAUCGAUUUCUACCCGCUCUCCGACGAUAAGAUCCUGAAGUACGCGAUCGACCUGGCACUCGAGAAGAACGUGUUCACUCAGAGGGGAAAGCCCUUGAAAGAGGCGAUCCCCUUCGAGAUCUCUUUGGUGAUCUUCGCCAUGGAAAAGUUCGUGUGCAACGACACCCACCCCAAGCCGGCUCGCAUCUUCAUGUGGUGGGUCGUGUGCAUGAUCUUUGCGUCCCUCCGGUUCGACGACGCCAUCCAUGUGAAGCCGCACGAGCUCGAGGUGAAGUCUGAAGGCCUGUUCGGUGUCUCUUGGCAGACGAAAACGGAAAGGAAACGUCGAGGUACCAAGUUCGUGGUCCCGGACGUCGCUUUCUCCAAGUGUCCUUGGUUCAAAGACGGUCUGGAGAUGUUCGAGAUGGAGUUCCCGCUGGUCCAACGGGACUUUUGGAUCCCUGAGCUGGAUUCGAAAACUUCGUGGCGGCCAACGCCCCCAGAGUAUGCUCGCUCUCUCCAGUGGCUCCACCACUUGGUCUUUGUGGCAGGCAAAGAAGAUAAUGUCGCCCAGCCAGUUCUGAACGCUAUCACCAAUCUCUCCUGGCACUCGGCUCGGGUGACAAUGCUGGAUCAGGCUGUGCACUUCGACCGCAGUGCCCAGGAGAUCGGUGUGCAGGCGAAUUGGAAAAAUCCAGGACCGCGUGUUCUCAAGUACACGCGUUCGCGCAGUUCUCUGCCCGCCAAGAUGAUCAAGGAGCUUGUGCAGGAGAUCUCGCGCGAGUUCACGCCUGAGUGUGCUCAAGAAGAUGACGAGAUUGAUGACCACGAGGAUCGAGACGUCACUCUCACUGAGUUCUUCGUGAAAGCUCCUGAGAAGGGAUCAAGUUACGAUUAUAAAUUUCAUGUUUGUUCCAGUGACUCGGUCGAGGAGAUUGCUUGCAAACGGGCGAUCACCCCCGAGUUUGUGCACAUUGGGUCAGUUCUCCCUGAUCCCAAGCUGCUCUGUAAGCUCUGUGCUCGUGCCCGGCCCGACGUGGCUCUAGCCUUCAAGGACAAAGUUCCGGAGCUGGCUCUGCGCCAGAUCUUCGGACGCCAGAAGCUGCCGGAGCCGCUCUGCCUGCUCAUGGCAGAUAAGGGCCUGCUCUUGGUCGAGCGCAUGGCCAUGCUCGGGGACAGCAUCGCCUCGGUCAAAGCGACCCUCAAGAUGGAAGAAGAUCCUUCCAAGAUUCCAGAGAUUCCGGGCGAAGAUCAUGCAGAGUUCAGGGAGAUCUUUGUGAACCAACACCCCGACGUGAUUCAUCGCGACUAUCUCGUGCACGGCGCGGUCGCGUUCUAUGAAGUGGCAGAGAUGCGUACCCGCGCGGAUCGCAUUGUUCAGACCACGGGCUUCUCCAAGACUUCCGAUGAUCUACUUAGGGUGGUCCAAUCGGACAACAAGGUGUCGAUCGCCUCCGACUCGGACGUCAUGGAUCGGCUGCACGCUUUCUUCAUUGCGCUCGAGUACUUGAACAUCUGCGACGUCACGAUCGAGGCCGGACCCUUGAAGUACCUCUCGGAGCUAGAAGAAUGGCGGCAUGAGAAUCGCGGUCUCGCCGUUCUCUUAGCGGCCGACUCUCUCAUUCGCAAGAAGGUCUACAAGUUGAACAACGACAAACGCAAGGACUUUCCUUCGUUCUCGGCGGCGCUCAGGGAGGUGCUCACGCACCACAAACAGCUCUGGAACGACGCUCGCUCGACUGCAGAGCUCGAGAAGUUUCGGCAGGCCGAGCACGAGGUCUCCACGCCAACAAAGCGGCCGCGUUCCAGGUCUCCACCGGCGGCUCCGACGCCACCCAAGAACGAGGCGCAUUCGCGCAAGAACAAGGCUCGGCGCGAUCGCAACAAAGCCUUGCUCAAGAAGCUUCGUGAGGAGAACAAGGACAAGGACAAGCCAACCAAACCCGCCGUUAAGCUCACGGAGAAGGUCGAACGUGAUCAGCGGGUCCCAGAGAAGGAGUGGAAGAAGAUCAUGUCUUUCUCCUAUACAGGCGUGGGGGACCUCGGUCUGGGUCCCCCGGCGCCUCAGCUCCACAGACCACCAGGCAAUUUUGUGGAACCGCAUCCGCUGCUGGCUCCUGCGGCGAAUGAAGCUCCCAAUCGGGAGCCGACGGCUGCUCUGGUUGGCUCGCCCCCUCCAUGGGAGCGGUGGUCGGAUGUACCUCGAGAUCCCGACCUCGUGAAAGAUCUGGGUCCGUGGUGCCUCGAAAUCUUUUCAGGUUCGGCAUGCAUCUCUGUGGCAUGGAAACAACAAGGUCUGCUGGCUUUGCCACCGAUCGACUUGGUGCCCUCAGAGAUGGUCAUUGAGCCGAUCGACUUGCUGGACGCAUCGAUCUUCGACUUUGUGCUGCUCCUGUGCCGCACGGGCGCUGUGUCGUUCUUGCACCUCGGCACCCCCUGCUCUUGGUUCAGCAUCGCUCGAAGUCGACCUGGAGGUCCGCCGCCGCUUCGGUCUCGAGAAGAGCCACUCGGGUUUGCAGGAAGCUCUCCAGCGGCUGAGUGGCAGCUGACUCUCGCCAACGAGCUGCUCUUUCGCUCUCUCGAGCUGUUUGCGGCCGUGGUUCAGGCAGGCGGAGAUGCAACUCUUGAGAAUCCAAGCUCUAGUUUGAUGUGGCAGGUUCCUCAAGUUCAACAGCUCAAGCUCAAGUUGCAUCUGUAUAAUGUAGAUCUGGACCAGUGUCAGUUUGGAUCUGCGUUUCGCAAACCCACCCGCUUUCUGGCCAGUGACGCUCGCUUCUUGACCCUGGCUCGAAAGUGCGAGGGUGGCCACAAACACGUUCCUCUUAAAGGUCGGGUUCGCUCGCUGUCGCAAGAGGUUGUGUUCUUGACCAAGGUCGCUCAGGAGUACCCCGCGCAGCUCUCCAAUCAGUUCGCCCAGGUCACUCAUGCGGUCGUCUUCGGCAUCUUUCCGCAGUUUCAGGCUUCUUUUCAGCUAGUUGCCCGGAAGUCCGAUCGCAAGCGCCAGCUCGGGGACCAGGUCGUUUGGAAAGGUCAUCGGCAAGAACAAGCAGCUCGCCUUGCUUGUUCUAGCGGGUACCAGCUCAAGCGCGGAGCGGCGAAGCCUCUGCUCGAUGUGGAGUGUGAGCCAGGGGUCGCUAUUCAGUGGGCUCUUCACACAGCUCACCCAUUCACGGUGCAACCAGUUCUGCCAGACGACAUCCUGGAUAAUAUCAAGACAAUCGUCGGCGAACCAAACGAUCUUCUACAACGUCGCCGUGAUCGUCUGGCUUUUUGGCAGCAGCGAGCUCAGCAACUUCUGCCAGCUACAGAUCGGGAACUCCGACGUAUCUCGGAUUCGGCGCUGCGCCGCCUACUCCGGGGGGUCCCCGACUACGUGGAUCUCCAACUUGGCUCUUGCACUCACGUCAAGCUCUACGAGGAGUUCUCCAUGGCAGUCGGCUCGCCGGAUCCGUUGCUGCUCCAAGGCAUUCGUGAGGGCUUCCCGAUCGUGGGUGAUAUCCAAAGGUCUUUGUGGAAAGCGACGAUGGAGGACGUCUUCGAAGGGUCGACGGUCGGGCAUUUCAGCUCAGAAGAUGAGGUCUCCGAGUUCCUGGGCUGUUCAGACUGGAUCCCGACGCAGCGUUUCGAAGUAGUUCAGAAGAACAAAGUUCGAGGCUGCGAUAGUGCGACGUCAAACUUGAUCAACAAGACUGCGGUGAUCACCGAGAAGUUGCAGCUCGUGUCGACCGAUCUGAACGUUGCUGUCCUUCGAGAGCUGCGGACGCGAGGAGGCGAUCGUGCUCUUUCGGGUUGGGUUCUUGACGAAAGGAAAGCCUAUCGGCAGCUUCCGAUCCGGCCGGAUCGCCGGAAGUUCAGUGUGAUCUGCCUGAAGGAUCCUGAGGAUGGAGUUCCCAAGUACUUCGUCAUGAUCGGACACUCGUUCGGUCUCGUGGCGGCGGUCUACAACUACAACCGCCGUUCGGCUUUCAUCAACGACGUCUUGGUCAAGCUCUUCGAGAUGGUCGCCUUCAACUUCUACGACGACAAGUACGGGUUCGAGACGGCGCUCACGACCCCUUCGGCGAAGCUCGCGGCAGAGACGGUUCACUUCUUGCUCGGUGCUCUCUUCGAUGAGAAGAAGCUUCAGCUCUCCGUCGCGCCGGUGAUCCUGGGUGUGACGUUCAACCUCGAGCAGCUCGUCCUAGAGAUCAAGGAGCAGAGAAAGCAAGAGCUCUUAGACACGAUAGACUCCGUGCUCGAGGCCGGCGUCCUGGAUCCAGGGUUAGCCGGCAAGCUCAAAGGAAAGCUGAUGUUCGGUGCAAGCCAGCUCUGGGGGAAAGUCGGUCGUGCUUUCUUCCGUCCGCUCUCCGAACGGCAGUACAUGAAGGAUCUCCAUGGGGACCGCAUGGAUCUCAACCCUGCGAUCGUUCGAUCCCUCAAGUACUGGAGGAGGCUGGUUGAGUUCGGGCCGCCGCGUGAGAUCUCGCUCCGAGCCGAGAAACCAUCUGAUGUGGUGAUCUUCACCGACGGCUUUACCCCCGAUCAGAGAAAGGAGGAGGUCGGUCCUGAUCGAAUCGGCGCGGUCAUGUUCGAUCGCCGAGCUCCGGCGCCGAAGCAGUUCUCAGAGGUGAUCCCUCGCGAAAUCUCAGAGAAGUGGCUCCCGCGCAAGACGCAGAUCGUUCCCAUCGAGAUGAUCGCACCGAUUCUCGCAGUCGAGACUUUUCGUGAUCAUCUGAGGAACAAAGAUGUUUUGCUCUUGAUUGAUUCUGAAGCCAUAGAAGCAGCUCUUGUGAAAGGAUACUCCUCAAAAGAGGAUCUCUGCGAGCUCGUUGAGAUCUUUUGGGAGCUCACCCUCGAGUAUAGGAUUAAUUUCUUUAUCGAUCGUGUCUCCACAGAUGCAAACCCUGCAGACUGGCCAUCGAGAGAUUUGCUCGAUAUUGGCCGGUCGGCGGGCUGGGAGACUGUUCAGACUUCAUGGCCCGCGAAGCUCGCGGAUUUUUGA